GCAGAUGAUCCACCAGCAGCACAUCACCACAUUAUAAUGCCACGGAAACAUUUCAUCUUUCUUAUUUUUCUCUUUUGGAAAUUUGACUCGGCCGAGUCAAUUUCAGUCACUUCGAAAAAUGCAACAGAGGCCUUGUUGCGGUGUCCGCCAGCUGAGAAUUUUAUAAGAACCCACAUGGCACCAGAUUUCGAAACUCCUCGAUUAGUUCGUCGACUUGAUUGGUUUCAAGAUGAUUCAUUAGUUGCAAGUUAUCAACAGGACAUUCUCGCGGAUUCUUCCCGUCAGUGGUGGGUAUCUGAUGGGCGAUAUCAACUCAUCCGUCCAUUCUACACACUUCGAGUAUCUCCAGUCACUCCAGAAGAUUCUGGAACAUAUCGAUGUCGGCUUGAAACAGAUCCAUUGUUUUCAUCACCACAGAGCACGGCUACACAAGAACUUGCAGUUAUGGUAAAACCAGUUGCACCGUCAUCUCCAGAAAUCAAAACAUUCACAAAUCGUUCAAUUACUCUUGUUUGGACACAUAAUGCUGCCAGAGCUCAUCGACCAAUUCUUCGAUUUUCAGUUUCAGUUCGCACCGUUUCUGAUAACACAAGAUUUGUGAUGGCUGCUCCUUCAAAUGCGACUACUGUAAUCGUGGAUAACCUAUCUCCAUACACACUUUAUGCAUUCUCGGUACGAGCUGAAAACUCCGCUGGAAGCAGUGAUUUUGGACCAGAGACCACAUUCCGAACACUCGGAGAAUCACCGAACAGACCUCCACAAAUUCAAAAAAUUAGAAACAUAACAUCAGAAUGUGUUGAAGUUACAAUAACACCCCCAGAUGAGAUGAAUGGUGAACUGGACAAAUAUCUGGUUUUAAUUCAAGCCGUGAAUGAAACUAUUCCACGAAAAAUGACAUUUGACAAGCCAACUUCCACUCCAUUGACAAUAUGUGCUCUGUCACCUUCCACUGAUUAUGCAUUGGCAAUUGAAGCAGAUAAUGGAUUUGGAACAAGUCCUCAGGCAACAUUGGUUUUUCAUACAGAAGAUUCCGUUCCAAAUUGGUCACCAAGUACAAUCACGACUUUGCCCGUUGUCGGGAAACCAGAAAUUACGGUUCUAUGGCCAGCGCCACCAUUGAAUGCAACUGAAAAAGUUAUAAAAUAUCAUUUGUAUUACAAAGCAAAAAAUGAAGAUCAAUGGAAAAUUGAACAUUUAAAUGUGAGUCCAAAUGGUGUCAAAUCGAAACUGUUCAAAUAUCGAUUGGUGGAUCUAAAUCCAAAUACCCAAUACCGUAUCCGAGUCUCUGCCUCAACAAUCAAAGGAGAAGGUGCCCAAAGUGCGGAUAGUGUUGCUCAAACAGAUGUUGGUGAGCCGGGAACUGUUACAUUCAAAGAUUUGAAUUUUGAUUGUAAAAAUGGAGUGAAAUUGCGAUGGAAUUAUGAACCAAGUGUCAAUUCGAAGAAGUCGCCAACUUUCACAGUAAAAGUCACGAAUCAAACUACAUCUUUGCAAUUUAAUACUACAAUGUUAAGUCUAGAUAUAAUUGAUCUGUCACUCUAUGAUGAAUAUACACUUAGAAUCAUUGUUUUGGAAAGAAGUACAAUUGAUAAUUCAACUAUUUUAAUAGGAAAAUAUAGUGAUAGUCAUCAAUUUAUUUUGAAAGAUAAAUGUUCAUAUCAGAGCUCAUUCUGCUCCCCGGGUGAAAAAUGUGCAAAAUUGACAUCAUCAGCUGGAAAUCCACGAUACAUUUCUGUCCUCAUCGUGAUCUUUGCAAUCAUUAUUUUUGCAUUCAUUUGUUUUGUGAUUGUACAUUUUGCACGUGGAUCUAUGAACUUCAAGCAUCUUCUGAAGAAGAAGGAAAAGUGUGUCUAUUUAGAAGAAAUUAGUCCUUUAGUUUACGAUUCCGCUGGUCAAGAAGAUAUACCGGUUGAAUUGUUCUAUGGAUACGUCGAAGAUCUCAAUAGAAACGAUUCAUUAAAGUUCAAAACACAGUUUCAAAUUCUCGAAUCUCAAACAUCUGGAAUAGAUUCAGUGGAUUCUGGAGAGUCGAAUUCCUCUUCUGAUGAGAAUUCACAGAAGAAUAGGUACAAUAAUAUUGGGGCCAUAGAAGCGACCAGGAUACGUCUCAAUUCUCCAACUGGAAAUGAUUAUAUCAAUGCCAACUAUGUUGAUUCAUGCAAUGAACGUAAUGCCUACAUCGCAACACAAGCUCCACUUCCAUCCACAUUUUCCGAUUUCUGGAGUAUGAUUUGGCAAGAACGGAGCAAUAUUAUUGUAUGCAUCACAAAUAUGGUUGAAGAUGGAAAGAGAAAAUGCGAUCAAUACUGGCCAUCACAACAGGAUUCUCCGCAAACUUUUGGAAAUUAUCAGGUCACUUUGGUAUCAGAAUCUACAAAUGCCCACUUUUCUCAUCGAAUAUUGGAUUUGAAAAUUGCAAAAGCAGUGCCAGCUGUUGAACGGAAAGUCCAUCAGCUUCACUUUAUGGGAUGGCCGGAUCAUGGAGUUCCUUCGUCUGUUUUCCCACUUUUAAGCUUUGUUCAUUACACUUCCGAUAUUCAUUCCACCGGACCCGUUGUAGUUCAUUGCAGCGCCGGAGUUGGUAGAUCUGGUUCAUAUAUCCUUGUUGAUAGCAUGAGAAGGCAUUUGAUUAGUUUCCGAAGACUCAAUGUUCAAGGACAUUUGACACAUAUGAGAAGACAAAGAGCGAAAUUGGUGCAGACUUUGGAGCAAUAUAUUUUCUGCCACGAAGCUAUCCGGCAAUUGAUUCGUCACGGAAUCACACGAGUUCAUUCAGACCUUUUUAUGAGAUACCUGCAUUACUUAUCCGAAGAAAAUUUGAACGGAAAAACAAGAAUGCAGUUGCAAUUUGAGGAUAUCUGUGAUUGCAAACAUCAACCUCGAUGUCUAAUUGAAUCAGACGUCAUAACACUCCCAGGAUACCAUAGAUCUGAUGAAUUCAUGGUCGGAUCAUGGGGUAAUGAAUGUGAAGAUCUUUGGAGAUUAACAUGGCAACAAAAAGUUCAAACAAUUGUGAUUCUAAACCAACGAGACUCGUUUUGGAGAAAACUUCCCAGUUGUAUAUACGAUGGUGAAAUUCAACUUCAACACGGAGAUAACUUUGUCCUGCUCCAAAAAGAUGAUCAACAACUGUGUGUUCGAAUUGUGAAUGUGUCAAGAGCAGAUUUGGAUACUGAUUUUUGGAGGGAAAUUGAAAAUGUUCAAAAACAGAGGAUCACUUAUCAUGAUGCUCCAUUGCUUAUUCUGGCUCAUAAAUACCCACCAAGUGUUCCAUCACCAACAGAUAGUACUUCUACAUUAUCACUUUCUAUUUUGUUUAAUGAUGAUACAGCACUUGCAUUCAGUAUUUGUGCAGCCACAACUUUAGCGUGUCAACUGGAGACAACGGGUUGUGUUGACGUGGUACAGGUUCUUUCAUCGUAUACCGAAAUUCAGUGUGGUAUUUUUGCCUCGAAGCAAGAAAUCGAGAUAAUCUAUGAAAAGAUGUCACAGCUAGUCGGAGGAACACGUGUCUAAAAAUUUAUAAAUUCAAUUGGAAUCGAUCCGAAGUAUAACUUCCCGAGAAGAAACAAUAAAAAAUCAAUUUCCGGUGUCAUUAUAAAUGAAUAUUUAAUUUAUUAAUUA